CCAAAGAUUACCAAAAUGAACUACGGCUCGAGUAUCCAAACAAGCAGAGGCUUUGGUGGCUAUAGAUCAUCCAGUUGCGGAGAGGGAUCCUUACUUCGUUUUUUGGGGCCCAACUUUGUUCUGGCAGUUGUCCUCACCCUGCUCUGGGCAAUAGCAUGUGGUUUACAGUUUCUACUUCUCGUACAAGCUCUACUAACUGUUAAACAUUCAAGAGACAGUCACACAUCGUUUCUGGUGGCAGUGAUUCAACUAGUGCUGUCGACUCUGACGCUGCUAGCCGUGUUACUGGUGCUUCGCAUAGAUUGCAUCUACGACCCGGACUGACCCGAGGCGAUGGGCAUUCACGCCGGCGAGUACGGUGGCUCGGCCACUGGUGUCUCCAUGGUGCCACUAGCCUCCAGCUCCUCUGACAAGCCUGAGCGCAAUGACUAGAUGCAAUCAUAGAGAAAAUAUAGCAUAGAACUUAUAUGCUAUCUUCUUUACAGUAUAUGGUGCAAUAUAUUAUAAACAAGAGAGAUUCAAACUCACGAUCUGUUCAAUUCCAUCAAUUUUAUUUUUUUAAUCAAUUCAUUUUUUCAUCCAUUUUUUAUCAAUUUUAUUCCAUCAGGAACUGCGAUUAUCAGAUAAUAAUGUUUUAUAAUUCAACAACUUGCAGACUUUCUUCAAACUUCUUGGUUUGAAAGUUAGCUUACUCACUUUGACACUUUCAAGGUAUGGUACUCAAGUUGUCAGAGUAACUUUGAAAAGUUGCUCAAGUAUUGUCAAAUUGGCUACCAGUAUCAAUACCUACUAUUACAAGUAAUAGUAGGUAUUGAUACUGGUAGCCUAAAAUUUGAACCUUGAAGUUUGAGAAAUAAACUGCUAUAGUGAGGUCCACGUUAUAAUGGCAGUGGAUGAAGAUAGAAGAAUAGCGAUGCCGAUUCUCUGCAUUAAUCAAUUAUAUUUCUACACUGUCAAAAACAUAAUUGGCAUCGUUGUGGACCUAGAAAAGGAUAGUACCACCGGUUUUGUUGAAUGAUAGACUAGGAUAGCAAAACCAAAGUUGAUCAAAUACUGUCAUUAUAACGUGGACCGCACUAUAGUCUUUUAUUUAUAAAAAUGAGCUAUUUCAUCUCUACCACUGAAUGGUACUAAAUCAGGCCUUAUCACAAUAUUAUUAAUUUUUUCAAUUGUUAUCUACAUCGAUUCAAUUCCAAUUGAAUAAUCGAAGGAUUUUCUAAUGAGUGUAGAGAUUAAAAAAUACGAUCCAAUCAAUUUCUACCACUCAUUGAGUCUAAAUCACGCCUUAUCACAAUUUUAUUCAUUUGUAUUAAUAAUCUACAUCAAUCUAAUUUGAAUUGAAUAAUCGAAGGAUCUCUUAAUGAUUAAAAAAAACAAUCUUCCCAAUUUCUACUACACGGUACCUACUGAUUGACUCUAAAUCACGCCUCAUCAUAAUUAAAAAUUAGCAUAUUGAUUUGUAUAAAUGUUAUCUACAUCAAUCUUAUUCCAAUGAAUAAUUGAUUAUAUAUGUAUAUUAUAUAAUAUAAUAUUUACAAGUAUCGAAGUAAUAAAUUAUUAAUUAUCUAUUAUAUCA